AUGUCUUCUCAAAUGUAUCCAGAUUUCAGUAAUAGCUCUCCUAUCCCAGUUAGGACUUCUGCCCUAGAACCUAACUCUACUCCAACCCUUAUGAGGAGUACACAUUGCUCUGCCCCGAAACCCACACAGGGCAAGAAACUUGUUUCUGUUGUUUGGUCUUACUUUGCCAAACUAGAGGGUGGUGGCUUCAAUAACCCCCAAGCUAAAUGUAAUCAUUAUGAGAAGAUAUAUGGAUGUCACAAUAGGAAAUAUGGUACAUUCCAGAUGAAGGUUCAUUUAGAGGAACAAUACAAAAAGAGUCUAAUAUUAAGAUCAUUACUAGAGAAGAGUCAAUUUAGACUAGAUAUUGAACUAAAAAAAAUGUCGGAUGAGAGUGGUGGGGGUCCAACAUUGAAGGGGUAUACGAAGUAUAAUCCUAAUGAGUAUAGAAGGAAGAUAACUCGUAUAGUUAUCAUAGACGAGCUACCUUUUCAGUCUGUGGAGGGGAGAGGGUUCCAAGAACUUGUCUAA